AUGAAGCUCUGUGACCACAGCAUGAAUGAGAGCAGAGGAUCCAGGGGCCAGCUCUCACAGCGGCCCUGCCACAGCGCCUCCUGCUGUCUGCAGACCAGCGCACUGAACGUGCACAACCACCUCCAACCAUGGGUCAAGCACUCUGUGCCCGCUGUGGCCUCCAGCCCCACUGCAGUGCUCCGCCAUCGGGGCAGCGGGGCACUGGGGGCAAGCUGUAGCAGCCAAGACUGUGUGGCCUCCAGGCUGGGCGAGGAGGCAGCUGUAGCUGUAGCCCGGCCCGGCUCACUGGGAAAGGUGCUGGUGACUGGAGGAGCAGGAUACUUUGGGUUCAGACUGAGCAAAGCUCUGGCUGAUCAGGGCAUGUCUGUUGUACUUCUGGACAUGAACAGGCUUCCUGGAGAUCUCCCUGAAGGAUCACAAUUUAUCCAGAGUGACAUCCGGGACUACUGCUCCUUGUAUAAAGUGUGUGAAGGUGUGAGCUGUAUCUUCCACACUGCCUCAUAUGGCAUGACCGGACCAGAGCAGCUGAAAAAGCAGCUGGUGGAAUCGAUUAACAUUGGUGGGACUAAUAAUGUUAUAAAAGUUUGUAAAGAGCGCAAUAUUCCCAGACUAAUCUACACCAGUACUGUCAAUGUGGUAUUUGAUGGUAAACCCAUAGAGGAUGGGGAUGAAACUUCUGUGCCGUAUGUGCCUCCAGACAUGCACAUUGACCACUACUCCAGGACAAAAUCUAUCGCAGAGCAGAUGGUCCUCUCAGCCAAUGGAUGUUCUCUAAAAGGUGGUGAGCUGCUGUGGACCUGUGUGUUACGUCCCUGUGGUAUUUAUGGCCCAGGGGAGAGGAGACAUCUUCACAGAGUAAUGGUAAAUGUGGAGCGGCGCUUGUUUAGUUUUCGAUUUGGAAACUCUCAAGCCAGGAUGAACUGGGUCCAUGUGGACAACCUGGUGCUAGCUCAUAUACUGGCAUCAGAGGCUCUGACUCCACAGAGGAGCUGUGUCGCUAGUGGACAUGUAUAUUUUAUUAAUGAUGGAAUAUCAUUUAACACCUUUGAGUGGUUUGAACCAUUGUUUAAAACACUUGGUUAUGAAAAGCCUAUGAUAAAACUCCCCUUCUCGCUUGUGUAUGCAGCAGCAAUCCUAGUAGAAUAUUUGCAUGUUGUCCUGAGACCUGUGCUGAACGUGCCUCUGCUUUUUACAAGAAAUGAGGUGAGAACCAUCGCAGUGACACACACAUUUAAGAUUGACAAGGCUCGUCGUGAGCUGGGGUACAGUCCAAAGCCCUACAGUCUGGCGGACGCGGUGGAUGAGUACCUGAAGUCCAGACCGCCCUCCUCCUCACCUGGGCUCACUCAGCGACACGUCUUGCGCCUGCUGCUGGGCCUUGGCCUCAUGCUGCUCCUCUCCUGCUGGGCGCUCUGUCAGUGCACACGAGCUGACUAGACAAGUUCAAAUGAUACUGUGCGGAAACUUCUGCUCAGUCCAGCGGUGUCAAACUUCAUCCAAUAAAGCCGGGCUAUGUGAAUUAC